AUGCUCCCACCCGUGCACGAGGGAUUAGAAUCGAUACUGCUAUUCGAGGAUUUUGCUGUUGUGUGGGAAAACAGCGACCACGAUCGUAGGCUCGCUUUGUUCCUUGCACUCAUCAAGUGUAUACGGUGGGAGAUUGCUAAAAUAGUAGUUCCCCGGCUAUGUGUGGUGAUAUUCAACAUGGCACAGCCAUUUCUGCUCAGUCGGGCAAUAGUAUACUUCGGAUCAACAGGCUCAAGGCUGCCUCGAGACACCGCAGGGGACCUGAUACGUGACUCUGCAAUCGUUUUUAUUGGAAUCGCAAUCUCAAAUGCAACUUAUGAGCACUUGGGCCAUCGCGCUAUGGCCAUGCUUCGUUCUGGGACGACUGCCCUUGUAUAUCAUACAAUGAUGUGGUUGCAUAUAGACAUUGCUCACGAGUCCGGCGCAAUUUCCCUGGUAGAUGCAGAUAUUGACUCAGUUGCGGAGUUCGUCCGCCGUACGGUUUGUGAUACUUGGGCAAAUGCCUUACAGCUGGGCCUAGCUACUUGGCUUUUAUCGGCACAAAUUGGUGCUACCUGUACUGUCCCUAUCAUUUUUGCUAUUGGGGGCUCGGUGUCACGUCAUCAGAAAUCAUGGCUCGAGGCCACUCAGAAGCGUGUCGACUUUACCACAAAAGUACUAGGGUCCAUCAAGGCGAUAAAGAUGCUCGGACUUAUAGAAGGCAUGGUCUAUAUGAUUGAAGUCCUUCGUACAGAAGAGCUUAAGAUCUCCAAGAAGUUCCAAAGAAUCCAAGCAGCCAGGGUGUCGCUCGGUAAGCCCCAUUGGACACGCAGAAUUCGAUUGGAAGGGUCUAGUGUCUUUUCUGUAUCGCAAGCAAUCACUUCCUUGUCACUAAUAAACCUGUUGCUUACACCCCUUCAAGAUUUGCUCUUUGCCUUCCCUGAUGCUUUCUCUUCUAUUAAGUGUCUUGACAGAGUCCAGAAUUUCUUGACCCAGAAGUCUCAAAAUGACAAGAGAAUGGUCGGACUGACAUCUCCCGGAUUGAUGCCUUCAUUGCAGCCACCAGUUCCCUUACCGAGAGCUCCAGGAAAUGCCUCACUAAGACUGAGAACUGCAGUUCUAGAAUUGAAUAAUGUUACGAUUGGAACUGGGCUGGACCAUUCGAAACAUAUUGGGAGCUUGACGCUGAGACUUUCAACUCCCUCGCUCACUAUGAUAGUAGGCCCCGUGGGCUGUGGUAAAUCGAUAUUGCUAAAGACCAUCCUCGGUGAAAUUGAACCAGUCGAAGGCGAGAUCUCCAUCAGCGACCUGGAAGUUGCGUACUGUGGUCAGUUGCCGUGGAUCGUCAAUAAGUCUAUUCGGGAAAACAUAAUAGCAGGGUCCCGCUGUUACGAUGGCGAGUGGUAUCGUUCGAUAAUCCACGCAUGUUGCUUGGACGAUGAUCUACGAGAAAUGCCCGUUGGCGAUAAUACAUUGAUUGGCAGGCAGGGUACCAAACUCAGCAAAGGGCAAAGGCAAAGAAUAGCCAUCGCUCGCGCAGUCUACGCACGAAAGCCCUUUGCAUUCUUCGAUGACGUCCUCAACGACCUUGAUCAAGUUACUGCGCGGAAAGUGUUCGACCGUGUCUUCAGUGCAAGGGGCAUUCUCCGGCGGAUUGGGUGUAUAGUAUUAUUCGCUUCUCAUAGUGUAAAUCACCUGCCACAAGCGGAUCUCGUUAUUGCUUUUGGUGAAGAUGGCCUUGAAAUAGAAAGGCCCAGAAAUAGCCGCGAAGAAAAUAUCGCAACGGACGAAAUGGCUGCGAAAAGGAGAAUGACACGAGGCGCUGCAAACAUUGAAGACCAAACCCGAGAGACAAACGGCCUAGCGAUCUAUGCAACAGCUGUUGUGUGGCCAAAGGUUGCUCUUUUACUGGGAUUUCUGGUUAUGGAAGCAGGCUUGGGCGUUUUGCGCUAUGUCUGGGUUACCAUGUGGUCUGAAAGUGAAGACGGUGUCUCAAACUCGAGACUAGGGUUCUGGCUCGGGAUAUAUGCCUCAAUUGGGCUUGCUUUGACUAAUCCGGCGAUUGAUUUGUAUUUGAAGUUGGAUGUGGUUGGUGAUUAUGCCCGCUGCUUCGAGGAGCCUCCAUGGGGUUAUGUUAAGGGCAAUCAUGAUGUAAGCAAACGCUUCGACGUUGUGGUUCUUUUGCCUGACCUGAGGAAUAGGACUCCAGUAUCCUUCCUUUCUCGCAUUGAGACGGGCAAUUUUGUGAGCAGAUUUAGUGAGGACAUGGGAUUGAUUGAUAAGGUUCUACCAUGUGGCGUUAUUUUGUUAGGCUUUCGUGAGUUUUCGAGCAACAUCUAUUGUAUUGAGCUGACGGUUUUCACUUGUGCACCUUUAGAGGCUUUCCCAGCUAUCGCCCAAGUUAGCGUCGUGAUAGCGACUGUGCCACAUAUUGCCGUGGCAGUACCUUUUCUAGUUGGCAUACUGAUCUUGAUUCAUAGUGUGUAUGUUCGGACAUCGCGCCAAUUACGCCUGCACGAGGCUAAAACCAAGGCUUCGUUACUUUCACAUUUCAUGGACUCUUACGAUGGCCUCGUUACUAUCCGUAGUUUUGGAUGGACGUCAUCUAUGAGCGACACGACCGACCCCGCAUUGGCUGUGUUGUUGAUCGGGUUGACUGUUGCGAUCAAAUCACCUAUCGACCCUGGAAUGCUUGGUGCUGGGUUGCUAAUGAUGACAAUGCUUGGGCAGAACCUUUCAGGUAUAAUUCUGAGUUGGACUUCGAUCGAGCCAUCGCUUAGUGCCAUCGCACGGCUCAAGCAUUUCGUUGAGGAUACACCGAGGGAAUUGCGGCAUCGCAAUGUUAUAAACCCCGGCGUCUGGCCAGCACAAGGAGCCAUCGAAUUCAGAGACGUAUCCGUCAGCCAUGACUCCACAUCCGAUCCGGUGCUACGAAAUAUCACGUUCACUCUUCAACCUGGACAGAAGCUGGGACUAUGUGGACGAACUGAGGGGCAAGUACUAUUCCUGAUCAUUUCCAGUAGCACAAGCUCACUUAUUCUCGCCAUACUUGGGAUGGCUGAAGUGAAGUCCGGUCGAAUCCUCAUCGACGGGGAAGACAUCUCAAUGUUGUCGCCAGCCAUAGUUCGCAACAGGAUACAAUGCCUAGCCCAAGAGCCUUUCGUAGUUCCCGGUUCUGUUAGACAAAAUCUCGACCCACUUGGGGACAAAUGCGAUAGCGAACUCAUUGUCGCACUGGAGCGCGUCCAACUUUGGGGGGUCAUGGUGGAUAGAUCUCUCAUGUACGGGUUCCCUGACUGCAACCCUCUCGAUAUUAUGAUCGACGACAGCUUUCUAUCAUAUGGCCAGCAGCAGCUUCUGUGUCUUGCACGGCACCUGCUGAAGCAGAGUACGAUAUUGCUCCUGGAUGAGCUUACUAGCGAUCUUGACGCCGCAGGGGAUUCAGCGAUCCAGGCGGUCAUCCGAUCGGAGUUUAGCUGUUGCACGACUAUCAUGAUUGCGCGAAAUCGUCGGACAAUUCUGGACUUUGACUACGUGGCGGUGAUUGACGAAGGUCGAAUCGUCGACUUGGGGAACCCGCAGUCUUUGCUGUCGGAGUCUCAAAGUAUUUUUGGGACAUUGUAUCAUGCCGAGACAUUCGAUCAAGGGAGUGAUUUAUAG